AUGGACGGUGAUGCUGAAGAAGAGGAGACAGAGGAGGAGACACCACUUUCAAUCGCUACCAAAGCCCGAAGGAACUCACCAAUAACCUACGCACAGCUGUUGUCUGCCAACAAGCGUGAAUUUGAUUAUGCAGUCGCACUGCUGAUCCGUGAGGCUGACUUGGCCCUUAAUCGUACAGAGGUGUACUCUGUCACCAAUAAGAACCAAACUGCACCUUCGGGUGAUAUCCACGACUACCUCUCCCUCUCCAAGUACUACUGGCCUAACCCCAAGACUGAAAACCAGUUGCCCUACAUUCGCAGGGAUGGUCAUAUCAACCCUGAGAUUGAGACUGUUCGGGACUAUCGUUUGUUACGUACCAUGAUUCGUGAAGUACACAUGAUGGGCAUGGCUUACCAUUUCACAGGCGAUAAGCGCUAUGCAGACAAGUGCGCCAUGCGUCUCAAGGAAUGGUUUUUAGACGAGGCUACUUAUAUGAACCCCAAUAUUAACUAUGGAUCAUUGCAAAAAGGUCAGAAACUUGGAGCUCGUACUGGAGUCCUGGAUAUGUUUACUAUUUUCCGCGUAUUUGACGCAUUACAUUACCUCAAGCAAGAACCCACAUGGCCCAAAGAUUUGAUUCCUAAUUUGCAAGCCUGGUUCACACGCUAUAUCAAAUGGCUGGAAACAUCGGUGUUGGCCAAGCAGGAGCGCCGGGGUAACAACAACCAUGGAACAUACUUUGACGUCCAGAUCAUUGGUAUCUAUCUCUUCCUCGGUCGCGUUGAUGAUGCUCGUGAUGUGGCUGAGUCUGCUCUUACAAACCGCAUUGAUCUCCAAAUCACGGGUAAGGGAGAGCAACCCGAGGAGCUGGAACGCAAGACCUCUUGGUACUACUCUGUCUUUAACCUGCAAGCUAUGAUGACAUUGGCUCGUUGGGGUGAUGAUCUUGGUGUGGAUAUGUGGCAUCAUAAAGGUCCACAGGGCCAAUCUAUCAAGAAAGCGAUUGAUUUCAUGCUUCCCUAUGCACUUAAAGGUGGUGAGGGUUGGCCUGUCCCCAAUAUUAAGGGAUUUCCCAUGGGUGAUUACUUAAAAUGCCUUCAGAUUGCCUGGAAUAUUUAUGGUGAUGAAAAGUAUUUGGAUGCGAUCGCACAACUCGAGCCUCAGAUCCAGAGGGAGAUGGACGCAGGCAAUCUUAAAACCAUCAGCACCUUCUUGUGCGAUAUUAGCACACUCCUUGAGGCCAACAAACGUGGAGGACAAGGUCUGAUCUGGCACUGGUGCUUGACAUAA